AUGCCCCAUGGGCAGCCGCCCAUGCCUCCUCCGCGCCGGCAGCAUGAGAUGCACUACUCGACUGCGCCCCCCAGCAUGCGUUCGCCCCCCGCGUACAUGGGUUACCACCCGCCGCCUGUCAACGGCCAUAUGCCCCCUGCCUACGCUGCCCAGCAGUACCCGCCGCCCUGGUAUUCGUAUCCGCAGAUGCACCCUCCUCCACCGCCGCCGCCCCCGGGUGCUGCGCCGCCUCCGGGGCCUCCUCCUCCACGCCCGUACCAGCCUCCCUACGCGCCGUUGAUUGUCUCGUCCUACCCGCACUCCCAGCCCGUCCUGGCGCCUGCGCAUGUCCCGCCUCCCACUCUUCCUCCCCAAGCGCGUUCGGCGGCCUCGACUCCCCUUCAAUCCACCAUGUCUCCGCCGCCAGGACCGGCCUCGAAUGAAAAAUCCGCUUUGCCAGUGAAUCCGGCGACCAACCCCGCCACUCCCUCUCCUUCAGUCGCCGAAUACCCCAGACCCAUCCUGGCUUUGCCACGGCCAUUUCGCGCACCGCUCCCUUGGCUUUCUGUUCCGGAGAAACCCUUUCCUACUCGUGCUCCUCGCAGACGUCGCAAUGCUCGUUCUUUACAGACCUCUGCGGUUGCGGUCGAACUCCCUGCGAAGGAGACGCAACGAAGGGACAAUGUGGCUUCGGAUCAGACACAGGAUUCGCACCAAACAAAGCCUGCAGAUGCGCCGGCUACGAUGCCGUCGGAACCUCAGACUCCAAUCACCUCGCAUGCCCCGUCUGAGACGGACUCGACCCAUCCGACUACGCCGUCCUCCGCCGCUCCCGCUCAGGCUACCGCGCGACCUCAGAACCAGGCUCAAUCGCAGGCGAAGACCUCAAAACCGGCCGUGCCGCUGGUUCCGGUGGUCCCCAUUGUUCCCCAGACUCCCAGCACUCCUCGGCCACAAUCCAAGGAGACUCCAGGCCAGACGUCUUCUGCGACGCCAGAUUCCGUGGUCGCCACUAGCAAUACGGUGACGGAGCCUGUGAAAGGAGAGCCGGCUGAGUCGACUCCAGUACCAACCGGGAAGCCCCCCUCCCCUCCUCGUGCAGCUCCCAAAUCAUGGGCCGAUCUGGUUCGAUCCAAAGCGCCGCCUCGUGGUGCCGGCCAGGCUGGAGGUGCUUCGACCGAAGCCGGCGGCCUGCCAGCGGCUCGGAGUGAAUCCCUUGUUGAUGUCCUGAAUAGUCUUGGUCCCGAUGUCGACCAAUACGGGGAGAAGAUCGCCUUCCUGGAGCCGAGGGGCCUGGUCAAUACGGGGAACAUGUGCUACAUGAACUCGGUGCUUCAAAUUCUGGCUUUCUGCGUGCCUUUCUAUCAAUUCCUUGAUUAUGUGGGCCGCAGAGCCACCCAUAGUUUCAAAAGCAACCUUCCUUUGAUCGAUGCCAUGAUCAUGUUCCUGAGAGAGUUCCGAGUGAUCGAUGCCGCGCGAUCGGAGGAGCAGUUGCGACUGAGACUAAAGCAUACUGAGCUGGAGGAGUAUGGCGACGCAUUCAUUCCCGAGUAUGUCUAUCAGGUUAUCCGUCAGCUGCCGAGAUUUAGAGACAUGCGGCGUGGCCAUCAACAAGACGCUCAGGAAUUCCUAGGGUUUCUUUUGGAGGAGCUGCACGAGGAAUGCACUCAGGCCAUGCGAAGCGGGACUGCAGCAGGGUCCGACGCGUCCACUCCGGCAGAAACUGACACAACCGCUUCUGGCGACGGUCCCUCUGCGGACGGCUGGCUGGAAGUCGGUCAUAAGCAAAAGCCCGCUAUUACGCGAUCUUCCGGUCACAUUGCAUUGGAAUCACCCAUCACGAGGAUCUUCGGCGGGAAGAUCCGCUCCGAGUUCAGAGUCCCUGGCAAUAAGAAUUCGGUUACUCUGGAGCCGUACCAACCCCUGCAACUCGACAUUGGAUCCCCAGAAGUUAGCAAUAUCGUCGAUGCGCUGAAAGGGUUGACGAAGCCAGAGACCAUUCAUGGCGACUUCAACUCGUCCCGAGGCCCCAAGGUGACCGCAACCAAGCAGGUCUUCAUUGAGACACUGCCCCCGGUUCUCAUCUUGCAUCUCAAGCGCUUCCAAUAUGACAGUGUCACCAAGGGUACGCAGAAGAUCUGGAAGAAGGUUGGAUAUCCCUUGGAGCUGGAAAUUCCGCGGGAAGUUUUCCCUCCUCAUAGACGCAACGCGUUGGCCAUCCAUGGUGGUCUCCCCAAGUACCGUCUCAUUGGGGUUAUUUAUCACCACGGAAAGAAUGCCAGUGGCGGCCACUAUACGGUGGACGUCAGGAGGCAGGAUGGCCGCGAAUGGAUUCGUAUGGAUGAUACCGUCAUCCGUCGUGUCCGGAGUGAGGACGUUGCUGAAGCGGGUAGUGAGGAGGAUCCCAAGGUGCUUGCCGCCGCCAUGGAGCAGCACAAGCGCGACAGGAAUCCAAACAGCAACAUCUACGAGCAGUUCGACCAGGAUGACGAAGACCCGGCUGAUAGUGAGAAUGGAUGGAGCCAGGUGAAUGGGACUGGCUCGAGCGGUCAUUCAAGCAAGAAAUCCAUGUCGAAUGAAGUCUCCUCUCCCGGAAGAAGGACCCCCAUUGGAAGAUACGGAACUCGCGACAACAAAGUCGCGUAUCUCUUGUUCUACCAACGUAUCUCCGCCCCCUGA